UGUGAAAGUCGGCUUGUUCCGCACUGCUGAAUUGAGCGCUUCGGCUCGGCUUUAUGAAACCUCCUGUGUCGAGUCUCGUGUAAAGAGGCUGGUUUUACUUCACUGAAAAAUUCCUGGUUAAUUCACAGUGAUUUCCACAGCGCUCAAACUCACAUGAUUAGUCAUUUGUCAUAAGACACUGCUGAGGAACCGGGGGAGGAAUGAGAGGAGAGUGACGAAGCCGAGUUUAUUUACCAAGUGAACAGUUUUGAAGAUUCCUCCAUCAGCUCAGUAUGAUCAGUCAGAUGUGGUGACUGCUUAAGGAAUCGCUGAAAUAUGGCACAUUUGGGAAUCCAGGCUGUUGUCGUGGCACUGGCGUGUUUGUUCGGAGCAGUGAGCAGUCAGACUACCCUCACCCCAGCUCUGACCGCAACCACAAUCAUUGAGAAUGUGACCAGCACCACAGUCAAUGAAAGUGUGACCAUCACCACUCCCUUCAUGCUCAGCACCACUACACCUGGUUGCUCAACCUUGAACACCUCCAGUUGUGAGGCCUGUGCACCGGGAACCUAUUAUGACAAUGAGACGUUACUGUGUUCAUGUUGUCUGGAGCCUGGGCUGUGUAUUUUCCCCAGAGGUUGUCGUUCCUGCUCACUGGGCUUUUAUCAGCCACUAGCAGGCCAGCAGACGUGUCUACCCUGCAUACCAGGCUUCUACACUAAUCUCACAGGGAGCCCUGUGUGUCAGGCCUGUCCUCCUGGUUCUUAUACCAAUGAAAGUGGUUCGGUCUCAUGUCAGGCCUGUGCACCAGGUUUUUAUGCAUCCAGACAGAAUACCACCAUCUGUAACCCGUGUCCUGAGGGCACAUACUGCAACUCCUCCAGUUGUGCUCAGUGCCUAAUGUGUCCUUCCGGCUCUGAAACCCUGCAGACUGGCAGCAUGCAGUGUUCCCCCUGUCGCCCAGGCAUGUACAAGACUUCUAACCAGAAAAUGUGUCAGAUCUGCAACAGUGGUUUCUAUCAGAUUCACUGGGGUCAGGAGAACUGUGACAUCUGCCCUGAAGACCACUACUGCCCAAGUCCUGAUGUUGAUCCAAUCCAGUGCCCCAGUGAUGCGUUUUGCCCUGAGGGCAGCACUGCUCCAGGUUAUUGCAUGGAGACUUUCUUCAGGAAGGCUGGAGACACGUGCGAGCUCGCUCCUCUCACCAUAGCUCUAAUUGCCAUUGGCGGAGGAUUGUUUCUUCUGUUCAUUUCCUUCCUGGUUUUUCGGAGGAGGAGGGAUACAGACAGUGAACUGUCUCUCUCUCGCGCCCCGCUUCUGCAGAAGGACCGGCCCUCUCGCCAUGUGUAUGGUGUCCCGUGUGAUGCAGAUCCUGUGUAUGCAGGGUGGUGACACAGUGACAAUGCAGAGAGCAAAAACAAACCCAGAAUCAUUUUUCAAGCUAUUGCAAGCUCCUUUACUGAGAAUUUGGACAUCAUCUGAAAAUCUACUGAAUAUCUGACAAAAUAUUUGCACCAUUCUGAUGUUCAUAAUUCAUAGAUGUUUUCAGUUGCCCAGAUUUUCUAAAUGUGCACUCAGACAAAUCAAACUGUCUUCUUUACGAUGCUGUACACUGCACACUGGCUGAAUGAAUGCAAAGGGGUAUCAUUGUAGAAAUGUUUUUUCUCUUUUUAACAAGGUCAAAUGGGCCACAUCUGACAAUUUUGCCUAUAUGAAUGCAGAGAGAAACUUGUAUUGUUUAACUGUUGCACUAGUCUUUAAUAUGUAGUUUUGGAUUGUUCUGAACUGUUCCUGUUGCCUGUAAGAUUGUAUUUAUUUUCUUGUGCCCCUUGAUAUUUUAUUACAUAUGGUACUUAAGGAACUGUUUAUUAUGAAAGUUAGUAAUCUAUGUUAUUUAAAAAGUUAAUGCCAUUUUUGAACUUUUAAAAUGAACAGAUGGCCUUGGCUAGAAAAUAAACUGCGCACAAGUUUCAAAUGAAUUCUCAUGACUAUUACAAAAUUGUUCAUUUGAUGCUUUUCGGGUUGAGUAUUUUUUGA